CUUCGAUACCUCCUUUCCCAGCCUAAAGUUUCCACGAUAAACAUACACUCCUCGUUCGUUAUCCUCGCCUCUUCGCUAGUGUUCUUUCAUAAAUCUAGCCUAGCUAACGUCUGGAACCCCACCUCGGCUGCCCAAUCCCUCUGCAGACCAGCCGUGGGCCGAACGGCAUAUAUCAACUACACACCACACAACACAACUCACUAUUCAACAUGUCCGAAGACUGGGAAUCCGUCACGAAGAUCGGCAGCCGCACUCGAGGCGGUCCCGCGGGACCACGCGAGACUGUCGUCAAGGGUAAGAGUGCGCUGAAUGCUGCACAGAGGAGUGGGGCGAUUGUGGCUACAGAGAAGAAAUUUGGAGGCACGAAUGCCAAAGCAGCAUCAGAAGGCCAACACCUUACUAAAGUCGACCGCUCCGACGACAUCAUCAAGCCGAAAACCAUCGGGGUGAAAGUCGGCCAAGCUAUCUCUAAAGCGCGCUCCGAGGCGAAAAACGAGAAAGGCGCGACGAUGACGCAGAAGGAUCUAGCUACCAAGUGCAACACCACGCCCACAAUUAUCGCGGACUUCGAGCGUGGAACUGCGGCCCCGGAUCAGAAGUUGCUCGCCAACAUGGAAAGGGUGCUGAAUGUGAUCCUGAGGGGGGAGAAGAUUGGGCAGCCGAAGUUUCCGAAGAAGAAGUGAGCCCGGAUUUUGAGCAUGCGAUGCCUGCCACUGCUUGCUUUCCUGGGAUUCUGGGGAGUUGAGUAGAUGGUAAAGGGCUCGGAUCCGGGCUGUGCUUGUGUUGCGGUGAUGAUGGCGUCUGAUUAGGACUGCCGGCGUUUUUGGGAGGGUCGGAUAGAGCCAGCCACCAAUCGAUCGAUUGGUGUCUUUCCUACAAAAUUGACAUUGGCUGGCUAGCUUGAUCACACGAAACAUAGACAGGCUAAGAAGACCGCUUGCGCGCAUCGUUUCUUUGGAUGUGGUGUGUUCAUCUAAGAUUUUCUGUGCUGCGUUCUCUGGUGAUGGUACUCAUAGACUAUUUAUAAAACAUCAAUAGUAUGUCGGAAUAUGCACAGUUGUUGUGAAUUCAGAUCUCGCUGGUUCGAAUAGUUCAAAGUUUAAGAUCCUAUAUAUAAAAUAAAUCUG